ACAAACAGACCAGGGGACAGGAGAAGGAUGACAGGUGUGCUCAUCCUAACGUUCUGUCUGCUGGGAGCAGCUUUGACUAGUUCAGUCCCUCAGUAUGAUGUCACGGACCAGCUACCCCCACAGAGAGAGAUGGUUCCUCAGGUGUCUCAGACGGACAUUCUGGAUCAGAUGAUCCCACCACAACUCAACCCUCAGGUCUCUGACCUACCACAGUUGCCAGGGAACCAGGUAGACCACACCCCCUCCUGGAACUCCUCCUCCUCACCUCAACAGGUCUCUGACCUACCACAGUUGCCAGGGAACCAGGUAGACCACACCCCUUCCUGGAACUCCUCCUCCUCACCUCAACAGGUCUCUGACCUACCACAGUUGCCAGGGAACCAGACCACGAGUUCCUCUGAGUCCCAGAGCUCUGACCAGAGCCACUCAUCAGAGAGCUCUCCAGAGGACACAUCAGAAGACACGACGUCAGAGGACAGUCUCAGUCUCAGCAGUAGCAACAGUAGCAGUGACUCCAGUAGCAGCAGCAGCAGUAGCAGUGACUCCAGUAGCAGUAGCAGCAGUAGCAGCAGUAGCAGCAGUAGCAGCAGUAUGCCUCAGGACAGGACUGGUGUUGACCUGGACGGAGACACACAGGAUGACAGCCAUGGUAGUGAGGAGAAUCAACGCAGAAAUUGGCUGGCUGCCUUCACCCAUUACCAGAGGAGGAGUCGCUUGACUGUGAUGGGUGGAGCGACAAGUGGGAUGGGGGCUGCUGGUGGGGUUAGGUGUCUCACAGCAGGUGGGGUGGGGGCUGCUGGUGGGAUAGGGUGUGAGUUGAGAGGUGGGUUAGGGGGUGGGACAGGAGGGGUCACAGGUGGGGUGGGAGGCUGUAGGGGUGACACCGUCUGCCAUAGCAAUGAACUGACCUUUGACUUGGGGGACGAUGCCCCUGGCAACCAGUACAGCAACCAGCAUGGAGAUGAAAUGAUAAUGUGGCCAGACCAGGAAGAGACAAGAGGAGAGAGAGAACUGGGACUGGGGUUAAAGAAAUGA